UUGUCCUUCCCCGUAGCCACACUCGCCAAGAGCGGGAAAAUGGCUCCCGUCAUGGCCGGAUCCCUUUUGCUGGGAGGCGCUUCCUACGAUCUACGCGAGUAUCUACAGGUGGUCGCUAUUAUUGGCGGUACCGCUAUUGUUAGUAUGGGCAAGAAGAAGGGUGGGGGAUCGGCGUCUUCUCUCACGGGCGUCUUCUACAUUAUUGCGAGUUUGGCCUUGGACGGUGUCACGGCAGGAUUCCAGAAACGACUCAAGACGGAAACCGCCAAGGUGGGCGUUAAACCCAAGCCGUACGAUUUCAUGUUUUGGACGAAUCUGUUCAUGUGUUUGACGGCUGUUGUGAUUGCUGGAGGACUGGGUGAAAUGCAGUCGGGGGCCGCCUUUUGCCUGGACAAUCCCGAGAUUAUGAGCAAAAUUGUCAAGUUUGCCGUGUGUUCGGCCGUCGGACAGUCCUUUAUCUUUUACACCAUUGCGAGUUUCGACCCGUUGGUUCUUUCGACUGUAACGACGACGCGCAAGAUCUUUUCCGUGCUGCUUUCGAUCUUCCUCAAGGGACACACCCUGUCGAUGAUGGGAUGGUCGGGGAUUGCCCUGGCGUGCUCGGGCAUCCUGUCCGAACUCCAAUCCAAGAGUGGUGGAAGUGCCAACAAAAAGAAGCAUUCCAAUUGA